GACGUCAACCUGCAACGGUUUUCUCCGAAGCGAUAAAGGCAGAGACAGGCGAGAACAUUAGUUAGUUGUGGGACGUAGUGGUGAGGGGAACAUCAAUAUCAAAGAGGGGUGUGUGGAGCAAUGGCACAACCAAGCCUUAUGAGAACGUCUCUGUGGGUGUUACUGUUCACCGUCACUGCAGGUCAGAUCUGUCCAAACCUGUCACCGAACUUGCAGAGGCCAGAUAUGUAUUUUGAAAAAGUCCAUGGAAAGUUGAUGCCAAGGAAAUGUGCUCCCGGAACAGUAUAUCAUCAGUCGAAGUGUACCUGUGACCACGGAUUUCUUCCUAGAGCAUCAGCAGUGGUACCACGCGUCAGUGGUCAUGCAGGUGCGGGAAGUCCAGGGGGUUAUGGAGUUCAAGGAGGCCGUAACAGUCAGGCAAGUCAAAGUGGUGGCAGUCAAAAUGUUCAAGGAGGUCACAUAGUUGAGGUGAAUCAAGGUGUUCAUGGAACUCACGGAAGUGGAGGUCAGGGGUAUCAAGGAGGUCAAGUAGUACCAAGGGCUUCCUAUUAUCACAAGGCUCAUAUGAAUCCACCCAAAACAUUGCCCACCAUUGACACAAACCCUACAAUGAACACAGUUGGUGGACAUUUACCCACUAUAAACCCAUCUGACACAGGCGCUGUCAGUUCCCGAAACCACCCUCAUACACAAGGACGAAAAUCCGUGGACAUGAUGACUGCUCUAUCUAAAUUCAUCGCCCAAAGCCAAGGACAUCCAUCUACUAACCAUGCAUCAAAUCCGUUUCCUACAGCAGGAAAACAGCCAGUUAAUAACAGACCCCUGUCUCAAACCUCUGGUUCUGAUCAAACAAGUCAACCAGGCACCCCAGAUCUUUCUUUUGGUUUAGGUUUCAACAACAAUGGCAACAAUCCUGCGUCAAUCAAGAAACCAGUAAAUACGCAACCUGCAAAUCAAGGCCAGUAUUUGCCAUCCAUCAGCCAAUUUCCUAAGACUAAUUACCAUGAAACCCCUUUGCAAAGGAAGAACGACAUGCCGUCCCAAUUUCUGCAGCCCACUGUAAAUUCACAAACUAUAAACCCCCCUACGUUUAACAAUCCACCUGUGCACACAAUGAACGCGCACUCGAUGGACAAAACACAGAUGAAUGAAUAUCAAAUUAACCAACCAUCCAGUAAUUCACAAUCAUUUAAUCAACCACAGAUGAAUUCAUUACCUGUGAAUCAACCACCAACAGAUUCACAACCUAUUCACCUAUUACCAAUGAAUUCACAAACGAUUGACAAAACACCGAUGAAUGAAUAUCAAAUUAACCAACCAUCCAGUAAUUCACGAUCAUUUAAUCAACCACAGAUGAAAUCAUUACCUGUGAAUCAACCACCAACAAACUCACAACCUAUUCACCUAUUACCAAUAAAUGCACAAGCUAUUGACAAAACACCGAUGAAUGAAUAUCAAAUUAACCAACCAUCCAGUAAUUCACGAUCAUUUAAUCAACCACAGAUGAAUUCAUUACCUGUGAAUCAACCACCAACAGAUUCACAACCUAUUCACCUAUUACCAAUGAAUUCACAAACCAUUGACAAAACACCGAUGAAUGAAUAUCAAAUUAACCAACCAUCCAGCAAUUCACGAUCAUUUAAUCAAACACAAAUGAAUUUAUUGCCUGUGAAUCAACCACCAACAAACUCACAACCUAUUCACCUAUUACGAAUGAAUUCACAAGCCAUUUACAAAACACCGAUGAAUGAAUAUCAAAUUAACCAACCAUCCAGUAAUUCACAAUCAUUUAAUCAACCACAGAUGAAUUCAUUACCUGUGAAUCAGCCACCAACAGAUUCACAACCAAUUCACCUGGCACCAAUGAAUUCACAACCCAUUGACAAAACACCGAUGAACGUAUUUCAAAUUAACCAACCAUCCAGUAACUCACAAUCAUUUAAUCAACCGCAGAUCAAUUCACUACCUGUGAAUCAACCCUAUACGAGCUCACAACCUAAAGACCAAUCACCAAUGAAGUCAUAUCCAAUAAACCAAAAUUCCAUGAACUCACAAUCAGUGAACCAACAACCAAUUAUUUCACAAUCUAUGAAUCAACUAAAUAUGAAUUUACUACCUAAAAACCAAUCACCAAUGAACUCGAAUCCAAUAAACCACAAUUCCAUGAACCAACAAUCAGGGAACCAACAAUCCACAAACGCACAAUUAGGGAAUCAACUCCACAUGAGUUUACUACCUAAAAACCAAUCACCAAUGAACUCGAAUCCAAUAAACCACAAUUCCAUGAACCCACAAUCAGGGAAUCAACAAUCCACAAACGCACAAUCAGGGAAUCAACUCCACAUGAAUUUUCUACCUAACAACCAAUCACCAAUGAACUCAUAUCCAAUCAACCAAAAUUCCAUGAACUCACAAUCAGGGAACCAACAGCCUAUUUAUUCACAAUCUAUGAGUCCAUCAAAUCUGAAUUCGCAGUCUUACAACCAAUCCCCAAUGAACGCAUAUCCAAAUUCAAUGCACUCCCAAUCUGUAAAUCAACAACCCAUUAAUUCACAAUAUAUGAAUCAACCAACUCUGAAUUCACAGUCUAGCAACCAGUCACCCAUGAAUUCAUAUCCAAUAAACCAAAAUUCCAUGCACUCCCAAUCUGUAAAUCAACAACCCAUUAACUCACAAGCUAUGAACCAUCCACAUAUGAACUCACAAAAUGUAAACCAAUCACCAAUGAACUCGCAACAGAUGAACUAUCCACAAAUAAAUGCACAACCUAUGAACUCUGAUCAUAUGAACCAGCCACCAAUGAACUCGCAUCAAAUGAAUCAACCGCCAAUGAGCUCGCAUCAAAUGAACCAAUCGCCAAUGAACUCGCAUCAAAUGAACCAACCGCCAAUGUACUCUCAGCCUAUGAAUUCCCCACCAGUGAACCAGCCUUCUUUCGACCUCCCACCUCUAACCCACCCUCCAUUGAACCUCCCACCUCUCCAACAUCCUCCCCUCAACCUCCCAUCUCUCGAACAACCUCCGAUGCUUCCACCAAACGCUGUAUCUUACAACGGACGGCACAACGGUGCGCCAAUGAUGAUGAAUGGGUGGACCCCAGACAAUAGGUUAUCGUGGAGGGAGAAUCUUCAUAUGGCCGACAUGAUGGACGCUCCAGAUUUUCAGCAAUAUGAUUUCAUCAGAAACGUUCUUAUGAAUGAACAGAAUCUCACCCCUAUGGACAGAAUGGAACUGAACCAACUAACCAUAUAAUUCUGAUGUGUAUAUUCGUAUGUAGUCGGCCUUCCCAGUGACUAAUCUCGAGAUGUUGUUUCUCUCGAAGCCAAACAACGGCCCAGAUUGAUAGCUGUGCCUUGACUCCUUGCAUUUCGUGAAAAUGAGUAAUAUGACUAUAUAUCACAUGAUGCAAUAAGCUGGAAAAACAAAAUGGUGUCAGAUUUCAUCAACAACCGUGGAACACAUCAGUAACAGGUCGCUUGAGAUGACAUGAAAUCUUAACUCACGUCAGAUUCUGUGACUUACGAAAUUAUAUCAUAUGCUACAUCCUCCGCAGUAUCAGGAUCACAUCGCCGUUGACAAAGAGAACUAAGUCCUCCUAUGUGCCACCUGAUCACUGGACAUACAUGAGCUUGUUUAUAGGAUGAUCUUUCCAUUUAUACUUCUUUUUUAUAUAAAAUGAUAUUAUGAAGAAGUGUCA